AGCAACCAACAACUAGUCCUCCGCUCUCCUCCGCUCUACCGACUGAGCUAAGGUAGCAUGGUACCUUUGUUCACAACUAAAAUAUAAGGUAUAAAAGGAACAACAUACACGUGGCCUCGCAAACUAGAAUGGCAUAUAGGGUUUUAAUUUUUUAAUUUUUGCUGCAUCGCCCUCACUAUAUAACGUUUAUAUUCACCACUUUCGUCGGUGUUCACGGCUAGCGUUCAUUCUCCGGCGAUUCCAUACUUUUGUCAUUCGCCCCUUGGCAGCGUUUCUGAUUAGUUAUAUUCGACAUUAGAUUUGAUUGUUCAGCUAAUUACAGUGAUCGAUCAAGGAUCACCUUGAUUUGUCACCUACUUUCGCUUCAUUUUCAUAUAUAAAAGGAGUUUAAGUUUUGAUCGAGAAAAAUGGCUACGGCGGCCCAGCUUCGUUGUUCUGCUUUUGCAAGUCAAUAUCCGAAGAAUUCUCGUGUCUCCAAUGCCGAUUGUCCUUCUACUGUCUCUUUCCCAUUUUCAAAUCCCCAAAAUCGUUCUCUUAACCUUCUUCCUCUUCCUCAUUUGAAACUUGGCAAGCCUGAGCUUUCAUAUGGCGGAGGCAAUGGCAACAGCGGUGUUGGUCGUGGGCAUGGUGGAAACGGCGGUGGCGAUAGUGGAGGUUGGAGUGGUGAUUCCAAUUUCGAGAAUUCAUCGUCGUCUUCAGGAUUUGGUAUUCUAGCUCUUUUCCUCAAUGGAUGGAGAUCUAGAGUAGCUGCUGAUCCACAGUUCCCUUUCAAGGUUUUGAUGGAGGAAUUAGUUGGUGUCUCCGCUUGUGUUCUUGGCGACAUGGCUUCUCGCCCUAAUUUUGGACUGAAUGAGCUCGAUUUCGUUUUCUCAACGCUAGUUGUUGGUUCUAUAUUGAAUUUCACUCUCAUGUACCUUUUAGCACCUACAGCUUCAGCUUCCAGUGCAAGUCUCCCUGCAAUUUUCGCUAAUUGUCCAACGAGUCACAUGUUCGAACCCGGUGCAUAUACUCUAAUGAAUCGACUCGGCACUUUUGUGUAUAAAGGCACUAUAUUUGCAGCGGUGGGGUUCGCGGCAGGACUAGUAGGAACUGCAUUAUCGAAUGGAUUGAUUUCAAUGAGGAAGAAGAUGGAUCCAACUUUUGAAACACCAAAUAAGGCGCCACCAACAGUUUUAAACGCAGUUACCUGGGCGCUUCAUAUGGGGAUUAGUAGUAAUUUGAGAUAUCAAACUUUGAAUGGAAUUGAGUUUUUACUGGCUAAAGGACUCCCUCCUUUGGCUUUUAAGAGUUCAGUUGUGGUUCUUAGAUGCUUGAAUAAUGUAAUGGGUGGAAUGUCUUUUGUUAUAUUGGCAAGGUUGACAGGGUCGCAGAGUGUGGGAGAAGCGAAGCCAGUUGCCGUGGAGGGCUCAGAGAAGGAGAAGUUGCUUGAUGGAGGAGAGGAAAUGCGGGGUAAUCAGUCGACAUUCAAGUGAUGUGAUCAGAUUAGAUAUGCGUUGCGAGUUGUGUUUAUAUGUGUAAUAGCGAACAAUAAAGAUCGAAACUUGAUGAGUAGUCAUGUCCAGGAUUUGGCUUUUAGUUCUUCACAGGUGUUUCUGUUGUUCGGUUUUAUCUAAUGAUUGAGCCUUGAUUUAACAGUUAAACAUGUCAUUGAUGUAGGCUUGUUCUUUGGUGAAUCAGUCUUUUUACAAUGUUUAUAUUAAGGUUGUGUUUGGUAAAUGUUAAUAUUAAUAUUGUGGCAUACCAAACAUGCCCUUGUCCA